UAUUUAAAAAUGAUACAAUAUUUAAGAACAAUGAUAUUUGGGUUGAAAUAAUGAAAAAAUGAAACCUUUAAUUAUAUUUUUUCCUGAAUGUUUGUUUUAUUGUGCCAAAUAGUUGUAUUAGAGGUGAAAGUACCGUUAUGUAUAUUUCAGGAGGUUGGUCAAACUGUAAUUUGCUGUCAAGAUUUUCUUCAAGAAAUCUUGACGCUGUUGCGCAACUUUGACAAUUACAUUUAAAGUUAAUUUUUAAAAAGAUAUUGGUGUUGUUCCUGUUUGUAACAAAUAAUUGUUAGUGCAAGAAUGUGUGAUGCUAUUAAGUUUGUCCCAGAAUCGAUCAGUAUCCUAGUUAUAUGCAAAAAUGUGUUUUAAAAGUCAGCUGGUGGCCAUCUUGUUUAUUACUGGAAAUGAAAACAUGGAAACGGACUUUUUUAAUAAAAAUUAGCCGUAUGCUUUGUCAAAUAUUAAUGAAGAAUGCUUCAUUUUACUUGAAAGAUAUACACAAUGGCUGCAAACGAUGGGACCAGUACAGAAUUGUUUCCUGGGUGGUCAUCGGUUGUCCACCAACCUGCUGAAGAGCCUGAAGAAAGAGAUUUGCCAAGUACAGUGGAUAUCGCAGCAUUAAAUGUUGAGCCUAGCAGUACCCAACCAAAUAAUGAGAAUAGUGAUUCAGACAGUGACUCUGAAGCAGAUUCUAGUAAUUCCACUGAUGCCUCGCAAACAUGUAGCCAAUCAGACUCUUCAGAUUCAGAAGACACUUCUACUUCAAGUCAAGGAUCAUCUUCACGCAGUGGACACAGCAGUCCAAGUCCGGAAUUUUCAGUCACCAGUUCGCAAACAGGUCUGUGUUUAACUAUUAGAAAGCAGAGUCCUACAGGUGACAAAAGUAUGAACAAACAAAGCGAACAAUCCAAAACAACUAGCAAAUCAACUUCGUCCAGCUCAGACAGUGGUCCUUCAAGUGAUUCGGACAGUGAGUCUGAAAAGAGCGAUAAGAAUAAAAAGGUUGAAGUUAAAAAUGAGGCUAAAGUUGUAUCUCCUGUUAAAGAUAACGUUAAAAAUGUUAGGGAAACUAGGAGGAUGCCACUGAGGACUAGAGCGAGAGUUGCUGAAAAGAAAGAGGAGAAAGUUGUGAAGAAUGUCAAGAAGGAUGUUCCUGCGUCUAGUGGAGUCAAAACUAGUGCUUCUAAGGUCAAACCGAAGCCUAAAAGAACGAAAAAGAUGGCAUCACUUCCUCUUUCUCGAGGAUCCACCUACUCUAGCUCAGAUUCGGAUGAUUCAGAUGCGGACAGCGCUAUGCUGGCAUCAUGUAGUCUGCAAGAGAUCCGUCAAGAAGAUCUAGCUGCCAUUUUACCUGACCAACAGGAGAUUGAUGCUUUCGAUUUUGAGUGCAACCGAAGUGAUAAGAACUCUCCUACAACAGGAGACAUGUCAGGAUCUGACAUGGAGCUUCCCCAACAAGCAGUCAACGCCUUGAUCCAAAGGACAACGGAGAGUUCCAGUGAAGGAGAAUCUCAUGCGCCUCCUAAUCCUAAUAGUUUAUAUGCGAACAGCUUGUUGCAGCAAUUCGUGGCACAGACACAGAUGUUAAAUGCGCCAUGUCCUACGAUUCCAGCUGUAAAUGAAAAUAUAAAACCCGCUGUACUUCCUGCAACCACAUUGGACACUCAAAGUGCUAAACCUGAUGUGGAAAAGAAACGGCGGGGCAGGCCAAAGAAAGCUGAAAAAGAAGCUGUUUCUUCAGAAAAACCGCAGGAAUAUUGCACCAACCCAAAUGUGUCCCCAGAUUCUGGCAUUCAAAAUAGUCCAGAUCAUGUCUCCAGUCCAGAACCUAGUCUAUCACCUAGUAUAAAGCAAAAGUCUGCUGUGUGUCCAAAGGAAGAUACAAAAAAGGUGGAAAAGUCCCUACCCAAGAUGGUAAAAAAUGAAAAAGCUGUGACUAAAACUAACAAUAAUGUGAAACAAGUACCUGCGAUUGUUAAAUCAAAAGAAGUAAAGGAAGUAAGUAAAAUCCCAGUAACGUCCAAUAGAUUUGAUAGAGUUAUGUAUGGAAAUGCAGAUAGAGUAUUAUACCCACCUAGAAGGAAAGCUGGAAGACCACCUGCAGUUAAAAAAGGUCCUGGAAGGCCACCCAAACACCGAACAACUAUAACAACUCCAGAAGCAACCAUUGUGAAACCUGUGGAAAAAUCAAAAGAAAACCAACAGAAAGUUGUCAAAGGUAGAAUGAGAAACAGGCCGGUGCUUAGUACAAAGAAUAGAAUCGACAAAAGAAACCGAUAUCAGACACUCAAGGUUCCAAAACUUAUGCACAGCAAACACAAGCAUAAGAAACACAAAAAAUACAAAUUUAAAGUUUUCAAACCAAUGUCAACUUCAGACCCAAAAAUCAAUAUUGAAAUUGACAAGCUCAUAGCAGAUUUCAUCAAAUACUGCGCUAUAGCGACCAAGCAACCAAAGGAAAAUGUACCGGAGCAAAUAAUUAAGACUUUAAAGAAAGUAACAAAGAAAAGGAAAACAACAGAAGAAAAGAAGAAAAAGAAACAGAACGUCAGCACAACAGAUAACAAGGUACAUAACUCAAAUGAACAAAGACUGCCUCUUAAGAAAAGACAUUAUCACAUGGUGAACAAUAACGAAAACAAAACUGAAACUGAAGAAGUCAAACCUGAGCCAGAAGAAGGCCUGAAAAAUAAAGUAAAACAAAUUAUUCCUACAGCAAAAGUAGAAAAACCGAAAAUCGGAAAUAUUACUCCAAAAAAUGAAAUUCAGAAAUCUUCAGUAUCUCCUAGACAUGUUCCAGUAAUCAAAUCUAACAUAGUUGCAAUUCCGAAAAUCCAAAACAUCAAUAACAAUGAAUAUGAAGUGCAAGAAGCUACAAAGACGGUUGUCAAAGACACUGGUAAGGUGGCUGUAAAAGAAAUUACUGAAAAGAAGUCAGUCAUUAAAGAAACUCCAAAAAUUGUCAAGGAACCAGUGAAACCAGCUAAAGAACAAGUCAAGUCAGUCAAAGAACCUGUUAAAUCAAUAAAAGAAUCUAAACCGGUUAAAGAAACUCUCAAAAUCAUUAAAGAGUCUUCCAAACCGCUCAAGGAAGCUGUAAAACCGGUAAAGGAAGCUGCUAAAACAGUCAAGGAACCUCUCAAAUCACUGAAGGAAUCUGUUAAACCUGUCAAAGAAUCUGUAAAACCCAUUAAAGAAUCUGUAAAACCCGUUAAAGAAUCUGUAAAAUCUGUGAAAGAAUCCAUUAAGCCAACCAAGGAACCUGUCAAAUAUGUUAAAGAAACUGUCAAACCUGUUAAGGAAUGUACUAAAAUGGUCAAGGAACCAAUCAAAUCGAUUAGAGAACCUGUCAAACAGCUCAAGGAACCUGUCAAACAGCUAAAGGAACCUGUCAAACAGCUAAAGGAACCUGUCAAACAGCUAAAGGAACCUGUCAAACAGCUCAAGGAACCUGUCAAAUCGGUCAAAGAACCUGUAAAACCAAUUACUAAGGAGUUGUCUAAAACAGUAAAAGAGCCUACUAAGGUUAUUCCAAAAGAAACAACAAAAACAGUUAUAAAGGAUUCCACUAAGAAAGGUGGUGGCCAUAUUGAUGGGGCCAUAGAAGUCUGUGUUACUAAAUUAUCAAAAGAAAAUGUCCCAACGAAUGAACCAGAGAAGAAACCUUCAUUAAAUAACGCUAUAGAGAAAAAAUCUAAUUCUAUAACUACUACGCCAAAGAAAAGGCAUCGACUAGAAUUGACAAAUACGGUUGAAAAAGUUGAAAAACUAACAGCGAUAGUCAAAGAAGAACCUGGUAUGGAUAUUGAAGCGGAGAAACCGAAAAUCAGUAUUGAAUCGUUAAUAACUGAGUUGAAAGUUAAAAGAAAUCUCCUCCAGAAAUCUUCCAUUAUUGAAGACAAGAAACCACCUGAAAACAUUGAAGAAAUCAUUAAAAAGGAGCAGCCAGCUGAUGAUCAAAGUACCAAGUUAUCACCAGAGUCAGCUAAAAAGAAGGUCCGAAAAAGAAGAGCUAUCAACAGAACAGGUUUUCCAACAGUAAAAAAGAGGAAGAAGAAACCAUCCAUCGAAUCUUCCUCCACUCUUCCAAUGGACUCCCAAAUUUCAAAUGCUUGCGAUCGGGUUCCAAAAGAGGGAGAAGAGUACACAAAGUUUGUUCAGAGAACAGAAAAAUCAGAGAAUUCAAUAUCUACACCAGGAACUCCGGAGAAAUUAAAAAUUGAUGAGUCUUCCAGGUGGGAAGUGAUGAGCGAAUGUGAAAGUUUGCCCAUGGAUGAAAGGACUGAAUUCGAUGAAGAAAUGAAAUCUGAAAGGAUGACAUUACGUCAAAGAGACCUAUCUCCCUCAUCAGUAGACACCAGAAGCAGUGAACGCAGUAAAUUCAAGCUGGACGAUCCCGACGACCUUGAACUGUCUAUGGAUUCAGGUAUAGAGCGUCUAAGAUCCAGAUUGGAAGAUAGAACGAAGCGAAAGAGAGGCAAGGAGCAACUGUAUGAAAACAACUAUCCGAAGAGGAAAUUGAGAGAUAUGAGAGAUAUAUCUCCCGCCAGUAGUAUAGAACCUUUCACGGAAAGGAGGCUGAAAGAGGACCGGGCGUCUACUUCGGGUGAUGAGAAGAGAGGCAGAAAGAACUUCAAGUGGAGAAAAAGGUUCCUUGUGGCGGGGUUGUUUUCAGAUUACUACAAAGAAGACGAUGAAACUAAACUUCACAAACGUACUGAAAAUGCAAAUAAACCAACUCGAAAUUUGACCUACAACCCGUCAGAACAUCCCUAUGGACUUCUACCGCCACCCUACCAUUGCGGUAAAUUUCUGAGAUGCAGGAAAAUACCCUUCCAGUUGCCGUAUGACAUAUGGUGGCAACACACUCACUCACAGUUGCCAGGAAAAGAUUCUGUGCCUUCAUGGAAUUACAGGAAAAUAAGAACAAACGUCUACAACAUCAAAAAUACGACAGGAGCAUGCGAACCGCAGGCCUGUAAUUGUAAACCUUCCAGCAAUUGUGGAGAUGACUGCAUCAAUCGACUGGUGUAUUCGGAAUGUCCGGCUUCCCACAGAUGUCUAAAUCAGAAGAUACAAAGACACGAAGGGGCUCCAGGAUUAGAAAAAUUCAUGACAGAUGCAAAAGGUUGGGGUGUUAAAACGAAGCUUCCUAUAAAACAGGGUGAAUUCAUUCUUGAAUACGUCGGAGAAGUGGUGGCUGAUCAAGAAUUCAAAGAGCGCAUGGGUACGAUAUACACAAACGAUACACAUCACUACUGUCUUCAUUUAGAUGGUGGCUUGGUGAUUGACGGACAUCGCAUGGGAGGUGAUGGAAGGUUCGUUAAUCAUUCUUGUGCCCCCAAUUGCGAAAUGCAAAAGUGGUCAGUGAAUGGACAGUUCAGAAUGGCCUUGUUUUCACUUAGAGAUAUUCAGGCUGGAGAGGAGUUAACUUAUGACUAUAACUUUUCUCUCUUCAAUCCGGCUGAGGGACAAGAGUGCAAAUGCGGUAGUGACCUCUGCCGAGGAGUAAUAGGAGGCAAAACGCAGAGGGUAAGACAACUUCCAGAUCAGUCGACGGUGGACAGAAAGAACUCCGGUAGAGUGGGCAGACCGAGGAAAACGGAAGCGAAGAAGAAGUCCAACAACAAUAAGGAGGUGGAAAAACCUCCGAUUGCUACCCCACUCCUACCAAUACUGCAAGUGAAACCUGUGAGUCAUCAACAGAAAAUUUUUAUCUUGGAACAUCACUGUUUCUUGUUGAGAAAUUUAACUAAGGUCAGGAAAGUACGGGAUAGAUCUCUAAGUACGGCUUCUGCGGUAUCCAGGUUGCAAACCUCGACCCCUACAGACACCAGUACAUUCAUCAAUCAGCUGAACGCUCUUCAGAAACCAAGAAACAUGAAAACUAGACGAUUAGCGCAAGCUGAAGACGAUCCAGAACUUAACAAAACCGUCAAGUUAGCUACAUUACUGAAAGAUAUAUGGACGGCUGUAACAACCGCCAAAGAUGACAAAGGCAGUCUGCUUAGCACCGCAUUCAUGACUAUGCCUUCAAAACGCAAAGUUCCAGAAUUCUACACUCGUCUGAGCAACCCUUUGGAUCUGACGACGAUUGAACAGAACGUAGCCACGGGAGUCUAUAAGACCGCAGAGAGCUUCGACGACGAUUUCAAUCUACUCUUCCGGAAUUACAUCAGGUUUUAUGGUCGUACCAGCGAAAUGGGAAUCGGUGCUGCAAAAUUAAAGAAGAUAUAUACGGAUUCCAAGAGGGAUAGUCUUACGAAGUUUGAGGAUACCUUAGGAGAAAAACCGCCGUCUGCUUUUGUUUCCAACAGAAAGAAAAGUGAAGAGGAGGACAUCAUCAGGUGCAUAUGCGGUAUACCUCGAGAUGAAGGAUUGAUGAUUCAGUGUGAAAGGUGCAUGGUUUGGCAACAUUGUGAGUGCGUAAAAGCUGACGCAUCUGCUGCCAGCUAUCAUUGUGAAGUAUGCGUACCAAGGAAAGUGGACUACGAGAUUCCCAUGAAUGAAUUCACUGAACAUGGGCACAGGUACUAUAUGACACUAAUGAGAGGAGAUCUUCAACUGAGACAAGGCGACACAGUGUACGUACUUCGAGACAUUCCUAUAAAAGGAACUGAUAAGAAACAUACCUAUGACACUAUAGGUAAGAUUGAGUACUCAGAACUGGAUAUAUUUAGGAUCGAACGGUUGUGGAAGGAAGAAAAGACUGGUAAACGACUGGCGUAUGGACACCAUUAUUUAAGGCCUCAUGAAACCUUCCAUGAACCAACCAGAAAGUUCUUCCCAAAUGAGGUAAUGAGAGUACCUCUCUAUGAAGCCGUACCAGUGGAGUUAGUUAUUUCCCCUUGUUGGGUUAUGGACAUAAAUACUUACUGCAAGGGCAGGCCUAUUGGUGCGGCUCCAGAGCACAUCUAUAUCUGCGAAUACAGGGUGGACAAAGGAGCUAAAAUAUUCAGCAAGGUUGCCAAAACCAAAUUUUCUAUAUGCACGAAAAGCUUUGCUUUUGAACACUUCGAGACGCGUCUGAAAGUUGCCAGGACUUACUGUCCCCAUGAUGUUGAUGAGGCGUUGAUGAAGUCAGUGGGAAAGAAAAGGAACGAAGAAUUAGGUGGAAAAAAUAAAAUGAUAGAUGCCUGUGCAACUGUUAAAACGGAGGCAACGGCUACUUUUACAGUUCUUCCGCCUAUUGUUAGAACGCCAGCGGAACAGAAGACGCGUCUUAAUAAAAUACUCUUGAAUCUCUUAGGCAAAAUGCCAACAAAACAAACCCUCGACGUAUCUUACUUACUAGAAGGAGGUCGCCGUAGGAAAAAGCAGCAAACCGAUAAUGCUACUAGUAAAUAAUAGUUAAUGUCUCAUCGGUUAUUGAAAUGGGUGAUAUUUUUAGAUGUUCUCUAUACUUAGGUCAGUUGGGGUCAGGAAUGAAUUUUCAGAACUUGGUUUAGAUCACUUUAGCCUGUAGCCUUAAAAUGUUUAGAAAGAGGGCGCGGUCAGUAAAAUGAAACACAACUUAUAUUAUAAAAACUAAUAUAUACUUUCUCUUGGAUGCGUCAAGCUUUCGAGUUCCUCUGUCAAUAUUUAUUUUAGUACUUAGAAGAAUAGUUUGCAGUCUUUCAUGUGUCUGCUGAGAAAUCUAUCGGUUUUUAUCAUUUCUGCUGAUUUAAGUUAAUUUGGCCAGUCAACCUUAUUAAAGGCCACUUCACAUGCUUACUUGUCACAUCUUCCCCAUUUUCUCUUUUAACAAAUGUAAUUUCUAAACCAGGAAGGUCUUUUUACAGUCCUACCAUAGCUUAUCUUAUUUCAAUGUUAUUAGGUUCAGUAUUACAUAUAAUUAUUUUGCACAGUUUCAUUACUAUACCCUGUUUUGAAACCAGGAGGAGUAAACACAAAAGACAGAUUCACACCCAAUAAUGUCACUAGAAAUAUCGCCAACUACAUCUUCUUUUUUGGUUAAUAAUAUCAGCAUUCGACGGUAAUCCAUAAAUAUUGUAUUAUACUAAUACGUCGCUAAAGAGUUUUUACAUAAAAUCAGACUAAAAAUCUAAAAAUUAAAAGAAUAUCGCAGGAAACAAAAAAUUAUCAAUAUAACUUGAUUAACCCAUGAAAUGCCAUUAAUGACAAAAUUUCAUAAAUGUCAAUAGUGUCAAAAUUUCAAAAACAGUGGAGUAAACUUGCCUGAGUUUGAACCAAUUACAAACAAGCAUUAAAGAGGGCGCAAAUUGAACCUAAGCGAGUCACAACCUGCGCCGGCGGGACGGGUGACCUGUGCAGUUAUUUUUCUAGCGUGCCGCAUAUUGAACACAAGCCAACCCGACCGUCGGCUGUCGCCAUAACGAAUAGAGACGGGCAAAAUAAGUGCAAACGUGUAACGGUUACUAUUGAUACCGGUUCUCAGUGGUACUGAGUACAAAUACUGAUUACAAAAUACUGAUGUAUCUGAUCCUUGUACUGAAUUGAGUAGGCAACUAAAAAACGGUAGUUCCGUACUUGUAACGUUUUAAAAAUAUCUUACACGUCCCUAGUAGUCGUAGCGGCAUGACUUUCGAAAACAUCAAAUUUGAUCAUAAGCAGGUGCAUAAAAAGAUAUCUUAAACUGAGUAUUUUAUUUCUACAUACCUUUAUAAUCGCAUAAGUUAAACACUGCAUUGAUUGUAAUUUCAAAAACGGUUCGCAUGUUUUAAAUAGGAUUUUUACUGAUUACGUAUUUUGCUAAAAUAUUAAAUAACACAAAAAAUACAAUUCACAACCAUCUUAACGAUAAACAAAAGUCUAUUAUGAUGAUAAGUUUGAAAUUGAUCGACUUUGUCGAUAACAGUGUCAUUAACAGAUAUUUUUAAAUACCAUAAAUAAUUUUCCAAUGAUUGUGUGGAUUUAAGAAAUACAUACUAAACAAUGUUUUUACCUGUAUAAAGGAGAUUAUAAUCGUGACACAUUAUGGUACUCCUUAUUUUUCAAAUAAUAUGCUCUUGUAAACGCAUAACUUUGAUUUAUUGGCUAAACCUACAUUAGAUACGUCACAAGAAAUUAAAAAUAAUUAACAUGUAAUACAUUCACUGUUUUAAUCAGAUAUAUUAUAUUCCCUAGUAUUGCAAUAAAAUAUUAAAACGAAUAAACGAAAACUUGUUGAGUAGUGCUACAACAAAGCAAUAAAAUGUUAUUCAUAAAGAUAGUGUAAAAUAUAUCACCGCUUAUCUUGUCCGCUGGUAUUAAAGUUAUCAGCAUUUAAUUGCAAAGCGGUCUCUUAGCUGGAGAAAAUACUUGUAAUUACCAUCCAUAUUCAUUUCAGAUACUUCCAUCUCGCAAACAAAAACACGUAAAAAUUAACAUCUGGCGCUGAGUCACCCGUCCCAGGCCCAAGAAAACUGUACGUCGAUGACAAACCUUCCCAAGCUCGACCUGCGAACGCAUGAACUGAUAGUAGGAUGCGCAGAACGCUCUACGCAGUCCGCCGACGCAGGUUGUGUCUGGCUUAGGUUCAAUUUGCGCCGGGGCUUACGGCGCGUUAAAUUACUCCUCCUAGUUUAAAAACAGAGUAUAGUUGAAGGAAUGUUUGGAAUAUUAUCAGAAUUUGGCACAUCAGAAUUUGUAAAUAUUGCCAUAAUGUAUCUUUUACCAAGUAUGAUCUUGCGACUAUCCGUAAUACCAACAAUUUAACCUGGUACAUAUUUGAUCUUUUCUUAACAUCAUACUUACAACUACUUUAAAAUCACUUCUAACUAAUUUCUGCUGCUUCUAACUCUUAUCUAUUUAGAUCUAUAAUAGAUUUAUCUAUUUAGAUCAACUAUUAGUUUUUUAGAUAGAACUUUUUUAGAUACUGGAAUAGUUGUCUUAGGCCCGGUUUUUCAGUGAGCGGUUAAAAUUUUGGUUAGCUAACCUAGUUUAAAUUUUAACCAGUAUUUUAACCCUCAUUGCGUUUUUCAGUGCUUUAAAAGAAGAAGUUAAGAAAAUCUCGGUUAGCUAACCACUUUUUUCUUCUGUUGGCAGCAGUAACUGUACGUGCGCAUGUGCAAUUCGAGAAAUAAUGAUCAAUUUGACAGAAAAAUAAAUAAAAGACAAUUUCAUAACCAAAUUUAAAAAAAUGAUUAAUGCAAUGCAAUAUCAAGUUCGGAAUCUUUGUUUAGUUCAUAACGUCUACCUCGGUUUCUUAACAGAAGAGAAUUAGAAUUACUGGGACGAUUUAGACUUUUCUUCCAUCUUCCGAUUUUGUUUGUCAAAGACCACGGUCUUAUCACUAUUUGAACAAAUUGACCAGGAAAUAAGAAGUCAGACUCUUUGGUAAAUAAUUAAGUAUUUUGCUGUGUAGACAAAUAUAAAAUAAUCUUUUUAAAAUAUUACUAGGAAUUAUGCAUUAAAUCCUCUUACAGUAAGUGUAAACAUAGGUACCUGUUACAGUUAUAUUUAAAUAUAUUUCCUUAUAAUUCCUUCCUAUAUAAUAACGAUAAUAAUUUAUAAUUUCAAUAAUAAUAAUUUCCUUAUAAUAAUAAGGAGGUAUUAGAAUACUUCCCGCGAUGAAAGAAAAUAACAUAACCCAACUAAUCCCUUCUGUCAGGCAGGUACUCAAAAAAAAAUAAACAUGAUUCAUUCACUGCACCAAUGCGCAGGCGUAACCGCAAAAUUCGGAGUUAAACCAUCUAACGAGGAUCGGUUAAAAUCGUGGUUGAGUUUAAGCUCUAACCUAGUACUGAAAAAUUGAUUAACCAUGAAUAUUUCGCUGACCAAGAAAUAAAUAGGUUAACCCAGCACUGAAAAACCGGCCCUUAAGAACCCUGAUGUUGAGUUAAUGGUGAUAAAUUAAUUAUUGGUAAAGGAGAUUCUAAGCAUGUUUUUACAAAUUCCCACUGCUCUCUCUCUUAGUCGCUUAGACUGUGGAUAUCUUAGACUAGACGUGAUCAGGUUGAAUUUGCACUUUCGGACGAAUAAAUAACCUGAAUUCACUGCUAUCAAAUGUGGACAUUAUCUGAAUCAAAAUUAGUUGGGGUUCCAUGUUAUGUUGCAAACAUAACCUUUAGAUUUCCAAUUGUUAUUUCUUUUUAAUUCUGAUUUUACUAGGUCUAACUACUGACUGAAGUAAUCAACCCCUUCUUCUUCUUCUUUAGGUACCGUCUCCUCUAAGGAGUUGGUAAUCAUCACGGCAAUUUUUACUUUUGAGAUUGCAGCUCUAAACCUCCCUUGCCGCUCCCUACUAGAUAAUAAUUAUUAUGUUAUCAUGGCUAGUUCCAACAAUUGAAACAAUUGUGCCCAGUGUGCACGAAUAUAAACCUUCAUUUACCACAAUCGUUUGCGACUAUAUAGUAAUCACGGAUUAUUUGUAUUAGUCGACUCAUUCUAUGUUUUCUCUUACAGCUUGUAAAAUAAGUGAUCUAAACCAAAUGACUAAAAUUAGCUUGAAAUUUUUCCAAUUUCCAAUCGACCUUUCAUUAUGUUUGCAGCAUAGAUCUGCAGUAAUUGUUUAAAAUAUUAUGGAAUUUUUAGAGAAGGGUUGAUUUCCGUAGGGUGGUCCAAAUUAAAAAAAAAAAAAUAGAAAUCGGUCCAUUAAUAUAUUUUUUGGUCAUGAUAUUAUUGUCAGUAUCUUAUUCGUUGAUAGGAGCAUUAGUCACUGCCAGUGUCAAAAUUUAUUGUCAAAUGCAGUUAAUACCCUUUACAUUUUGGUCUUUAUUAUUAUUAAGACCUACAUAAAAAAUAAUGAAGACAAAAUAUGGAAGUGUCUGAUUUUUCUUUGAAUAAUGUUUGGCUGUGACAUAUGUACCGACAUACGGACGAGAACUAAAGAACUCAAGAUUUAGUUGAACCUUCGUCGAUUUUCAUGAAAAUUGGUAAGUAGUUAGAGGAUACCUCAAGGAACAAAGGUGACAUGGUGCCAACUUGCGCUUUUACCCUGGGGGUGGAUGUCACCCCUUCUCUGGGGUGAAAAUUAUUGUAUUAAAAAUAUAGUCGAACCCGCUUAUUGGAAUAACCUUCGUGCCAGACAAAAAUAUUCUUAUAACCGAGAUAUUCUAAUAACCGAUCAUUGUUUACUAGUCGAAAUAAGUGUACCGAAUAUACGUAAUAAUGGUAUUUACAUACUAUACCAGUAUGUAAUUUUACACACUAUGUUAAUUUAUACAGAGAGAGUCUAUAAAGUGGAAUAAAUUCAAUAUCUCAAAUACUAAUUGUUUUUUUGGAAAAUGCUCAGACCCGUCGAUUAGUAUUUCAAAU